GAAAGAAAUUCCGCGCGCGUUUCCUAUGUCUGCGGUUCAUGUUAGGUCAUUGGUUUUCUUUGAUAUUUUGUUUCUGAAUAACUGAAUAAGGAAAGAAUCCUCAUUUUCUAGUUGCUGAAAUGUACCAUCAAACCUUGCCUGUUUCAACUGUUAAAUAAUGGAUCCUGGUUCAAACGAUUUCCGUAGUGGGAAUGUUAAUGCAAACUUGCGCAAUCCUUCGUACCGCAUUUCUACUGGGAUUCCUCUACUAGAUGAUUCCGUGCGUGCCAGUAAUUUAUCGUCUAGUGGAUAUAGAGAUAAUAUUGGCCAAGAGAAGCCGGGUAGUUUUAUGUGUCUAAGUCGUCCACAAGCAGAGUAUAUGCACAGUCAUUCAUACUCUCAGAAUAGUAGCAAAGAGAAUGAAAGUCAUUUUCUAAGUGGCUUUAAUGAGCUUUCUCAGGGUUGUUCGCGAAAGCAUUCACUUUCCGGUGUCGUACGCACCAGGAGACGAAAGGCUGGAAUAAGUGAAGAAGAACGGGUCUGCAUCGUGUGUGGUGAACCGGCAUCUGGUUAUAAUUUCGAUCGGCUUACAUGUGAGAGUUGUAAAGCGUUCUUCCGUCGAAAUGCACUGAAACCUCGUGAUAAAAUAAAAGCUUGCAAUCGCGGUGGAGGUUGUGCUAUCGAAGGUAAUCAGCGCAAGCAUUGUCCUUCUUGCAGGCUUGAAAAGUGUUUAGCUGUGGGGAUGAAAAGAGAACUAAUACUGCCCCCUGAAAAGCUUGAGCAGCGAGCUAAGCCUCGACGCCGAAAACAUCACUCUCCGCAGGAUAGCAGCUCAUCGCCUCAACAUCUACUGACAGGACCUUCAUCAGCUGGAAGUAGUAACACAACUAAUUAUCCAUCCUAUUUACCAUCACCUUUAACCACAUCAUCUCACCCUCAAACCGGACAGAAUCAUACUCCUCAGAGUUCCUCCUAUAUUUCCGGAUCUGGUAUGCCAAUUCAUCUGAUGAAUUCUGUUAAAUUCCCUGGUUACAUUAAUCCGGGUCAUUGCAAUGAUAUUUCAAUGACUACAGACACUUUUAAUUCAUCUGGCAGUUUAGAAAACAAGGAAUGUAACUUUUUAACUAGUUCUCUGAAAGUUCCUUUGGUCGGGAAAUCCGAUGAAUUGUUUUUACGGCCCGUGAAUCAGAAUGAAAGUCAAGGUGGCAAAUUCAUACCUCUUGAGUCAUCUCAACAGUCAGACAGUUGUUAUAAACUACAGUCUGGACUCGGUCCUACACAAUGUCGUCGGACAGGUGGUAGAACAUUUUGUCAGCAUCGGAGUUGUAGAAUUCGUUUUAUUCGAAAACAUCGGCAGCGACUUCGCCGCACUCUUUCUGGUUCAAAAUGCCUUCGUUCUCCUCCUAUGCACAUAAUAUCACCAGACCCUCACUUGUUAAACUGUUUGCAAAGCUGCAUACGUCGUAUUCGAGAGCCAUUUACUCCAGAUGAACAACUUGAAACAGGUGUUGCUGUUACACUGGAACAGGAAUAUAAUCGCAUGGAUGCAUGCAUCAGACGGAUAAUACGGGUCGUUAAACUUCUGCCAUAUUUCAGUGAAGUUGGUAAACCUGCUCAGCUAAGUUUGUUAAGAACAAACAUUUAUGGAUUAAUUGUACUAUAUUCAUCUUUCUUCUUUGAACGAGAUAUUCGGAAAUUACGAUAUCCAGUACUGCAAUUAGAUGGGCAACUAACUACUGUUACAGUUUCAAUGCUAGACGAGGUGGCUACUCCUAGCACAACUAUCAGUGAUUCAGAUGAUGGGAUAUCUGAUUCAUAUUCUAAAUUUCUUCAUAAUAGUAGCAAUUUCAGAUCUGUAUCAAAUUGUCGCCCUAAUCAAGUAAAUUAUGCUAUUGGUUUACGUGAAGAAUUCGAAUUGUAUAAAUCCAAUACUCUUGCAGCUUUUGAUCAUCUAGACGAGUUGGUUGGUUCAGAUGAUAUUCUCCGAAUGUGUGUACUGGCUAUCAAAUUAUUCUCGGACAAUUCUCUUCCUGAAGAUCUACGUGCUCCUGUAUACGCUGCUAGGCAAGCGUAUAGUUUAUUUCUAUGGAAUUAUAUCCGAUGGCAAGCAGGCUCCAAACGAUUAAGAUAUGCUACUGAGCUUUAUGCUCGUAUCUUGAUAGCCUUCAUCGAUUUAAGAACGUUAGAAAUACGAAUGACAGAAUUCGCUAAAUUGCUCAGCUUAGACGGUCUUAGUCCACUGAUGCGUGAGGUAUGUAGUCAACGUAGCACUUUAGGAUCAACUUCUGCAUAAAAGUUUGUUUGUAUAACAAUUAAAAAAAAACUUAUCACAAAAAUUAACAUUUUGUUUAUUUCCUUUUUACAAAUCCCAAUUGUAUAAUAUGGGUAACAGCAUUUUUUUCUUCCAACUUAAGAAAGCAGCAAAACUAGAGCAGAAAAUAAUGUAGCCUAUGUAUGAUUAUCUUUGUGCACGGACAACAGACAACUGUACACUAACUGAUAUCACAGUAACACUGCGUCUACCGGACUUUUGUUGCCGCAGCUAUAACAAACUACCUACGACUACUAAUUGAUCCGUCUUUCUUUCUUUUCUGUCUCCCCUUACCUUGUACGUAAUGACUAGGUUAUUUUCUGUGUUCGUAAAGUGUGAACAAAUGAAUUGCUUUCAAUUCUGUGAUUGUGUAUUUUCUUGCCAACGGGUUUGUAUGUGUGUCUCAAUGUUUGUAUAUCCAUCAUCAUUUUGACCGAAUUGCAUUAUAUUUUAUUCUCUUGUCCUGGUUUAUUUGAUAAAAAGACUGCAUGAAAAGUGAAAGAGAAAAACAAGUGAAAAAACAGGAUUUUCAUUUUUAUUGACUUUUAAUUUAUACAAGAUUCUGUGAGUUAUUUUCGUCAGCCUUUGAAUUGCAUGUAUUUCUUUUGUUGUGUUGCUGGCGAACACUUAUUAUUUUCCUGUGUUAAGUAUUCCUUUGUAUUCGACACUGAACCGACUUGUUCCUUUAUUUUUUAAAUUUGUUCUUGACUAAUUUCCUUUGCGAUUACUUCAUAGAUGAUGAUGAGUAAGUAAGUAAGUAAGUGUACAUCGUGUCAACUACCUAAACAGGAUAAAACUCGUAAUCUACCUCAAACCAUAGUGAUAUUUGUAUUAGUAUUUAUUAUCACUACUAUCUUGAAUGCAAAUAUUUGUGUGAAUGUUUUUAGUCAAUCAACUCUUUUUAGGCACUAUGCCACAGUUAUUCUUUAUUACUAUUAGUAGUAAUUUUUUUUCGCUUUCAUUCUCUUUGUAUUAAGCAUACAUUUAGACAAAAGAAAUGUUUGCCUUAAUGAUGUUUCUCUUCUGAUUUUUCUGUGUUUCCAAGGCGAAGUAAGGAAGUGAAAUCAUACGCAUAUCGUGUGUACAAUCAUGACCUGUUUUACAAAUAUUACAAAUGUUAUAUUAGC